AUGGAUAAGUCAUGGAUGAAGGCUGAUAGAAGAUCACUACAGUUUCAGUUAGGACUUGAAGAAUUUCUGAAAUUUGCAUCGGAUAAUGCAAGGGACACAAAUAAAAUAUGUUGCCCUUGCUUGAAGUGCCAUAACACUGAUUUUGGUGGUAUAGGGCUGAUUAAGGACCAUAUAUUUUUUAACGGUAUUGAUGUUAGUUAUAAGCAUUGGAAGUGGCAUGGAGAACCAUCUACUUCUGCCUUGCAUGCUCUUAGAGGGGAUUCUGAAACAGUCGAAAUGAAUCCUGAUUCAGGCAUACAAGAGGAUGAUGUAGGGUUAGAGGGUAGUGAGGAUGAGGAGAUUUCUGAAGACUCGAAUGAGUUUAUGCAGUUUGUAGAAGAUGGAGAUAAGCCUCUAUAUCCUGGUUGUACCAAGACAACCAAGUUGAAUGGUUUGAUACAAACAUUCAAUAUGAAAGCAAAGCACGGCAUGAUUGAUGCGUGCUAUUCAGAUAUGUUAAUUAUGAUUGGCCUCUUGCUUCUCGAAGGAAAUGACUUACCAGGGUCUACUUAUGAGGCUAAAAGAACACUUUCCGCAUUGGGGAUGGGGUAUGAAAAGAUUCAUGCUUGUCCAAAUGACUGCAUCUUGUACAGAUUGCAGCAUGCUGAUGCGACCAGUUGUCCAACUUGUGGUGAAUCAAGGUGGAAACUUGGAAAGGACAAAUCUGAGAAAGAAGGGGUUCCGGGGAAGGUAUUGUGGUACUUCCCUCUGAUCCCAAGGUUCAAACGGAUGUUCCAAUCGACAGUGUCAGCUAAGGAGCUAACUUGGCAUGCCAAUGAUCGAAAGAAAGAUGGAAUGAUGAGGCAUCCAGGCGAUUCCCCAACUUGGAAAAUGAUUGACACAAAAUGGCCAGACUUUGGUCUAGAAAAUAGGAACCUUAGAUUAGCGCUUUCAUCAGACGGGUUUAAUCCACAUAGUUCUCUAAGUAGCAAAUACUCAUAUUGGCUUGUUAUACUUAUCACCUAUAACAUUCCUCCAUGGUCCAUGAUGUUGACUAUGUUAAUUUCUGGACCUAAACAGCCCGAAAAUGACAUCGACGUCUAUCUACAGCCAUUAGUGGAUGAUUUGAAAGUGUUGUGGGAUGGGGUUGAGAGAGUAUAUGAUGCUGUAAGAGGAGAGUAUUUUAAACUGAAGGCGAUACUAUUAUGGACAAUUAACGAUUUUCCCGCGUAUGGGAAUUUAUCGGGAAGCAUUGUGAAAGGAUACAAUGCUUGUCCAAUAUGUGUUGAUCAGACAAGACCCUAUAGGUUGAAGAACUCUAAAAAAAUGGCAUUCAUGAGGCAUCGACGAUGGCUGCCACGACAUCAUCCUUAUAGAAAUCAAGCUGCUGCUUUCGACAACACCAUAGAGGAGGGUAAAACUCCUACACCAUUAACUGGAGAGGAGGUGUUGACCAGAGUUCAAGGUCUAAAUCGACCAUUUGGCAAGAAAAACCCUCCUCCCCCUUAUAAGGGUCAUGAAGAUGAAAACAGACCUUGCUGGAAAAAAAGGUCUGUUUUCUUCGAACUUGAUUACUGGGAACAUCUUCCGGUAAGACAUAAUCUUGAUGUGAUGCACAUUGAGAAGAAUUGUUGUGAUGCUAUUCUUGGUACGCUGUUGAACAUUUCCGGGAAGACUAAGGAUGGGGCUGUUGCUCGUUUAGACAUGGUCGAAAUGGGUAUACAGACUGAUUUGAAGCCUACAACUGCUGCAAAAAGGGACAAGUUGCCUUUGGGUAGUUGGAACUUGUUCCUAGAUGAGAGAAAGAUUGUUUGCAGUUCCUUUUUCAAUAUGACCGUUCCAGUUCAGUUUUCAUCCAAUGUACGAAAUCUGGUGUCAAUGGAGGAUUUACGACUUGCUGGUCUUAAAUCACAUGAUUGCCACACUAUAAUGCAACUUCUUCUCCCUGUUGCAUUACGUUCAGUUUUGGAGAAACCAGUUAGGUACGCAAUUAUUCGGUUCUGCCUAUUCUUCAAAGCAAUAUGCAGUAAAGUGAUCGACGUUUCGAAAUUGCAACAAAUGCAAGCAGACCUGGUCGAUACAGUUUGCCUGCUUGAGAAGUUCUUUCCACCAUCAUUUUUUGACAUAAUGAUUCACCUAACUAUUCAUCUUGUUAGGGAAGUCGAGUUAUGUGGUCUGGUAUUUUUUAGAUGGAUGUACCCUUUUGAGAGGUACAUGAAAGUGUUCAAAGGAUAUGUGAAAAAUCGACAAUUUCCUGAAGGGUGCAUUGCAGAGUGUUACAUUGUAGAAGAGGCAGUUGAGUUUUGCUCGGAACGUAUGCUUCCUAGAGAGGCUGCCACUAUUGGGAUCCCUUCGAGAACCAAACUUGGGCUCUUAAAUGGCUGCAAGCCUUUAUCAGGCGCCACCAUCAUUACUGUAGACAGAAAGCAGCUUGACAUGGCCCACCUAUGUAGAGCAUAUGGAAUUCCUAAAGUUGAGUUUUCCAAGGUUGUAAAUGAAAUGAGAUUUGCCGAUAAUGAUGUUCCUGAAACCAUUAGGUGGCUGGCUGGUGGACCAAAAAAGGAGGUCCCUACAUUUGGUGGUUACCAUGUGAAUGGGGUUGAUUUUAACACUUCAGAGCGGGACAAAGUACGAUCAGUUCAAAAUAGCGGGGUUUUUUUGGUUGCUGAUGCAAUGCAAGUUGCUAGUGCAAGGGAUAAAAACCCUAAAACUGAUGAUAUGGACUUUUACGGCAGGAUACAACAAAUUUGGGAGGUGGAUUACUACAAGUUUAGGAUACCCGUCUUCAUGUAUUUUCUACAUACAAGACCCCUUGAUGAUCAAUGGUCAGUGGUAGUACGGUGCUCGGAAAGAGACUACCAAGGAGGGUGUAAUGAUGAAGAGCUGGAAGAUAUUGAACUGGAACAGCACCCAUUCAUUCCUACAAUGCCAUCGAUUGAGACCUUUGAUGAUGUAGUUGGUGAUCUGCCUAGCUCCUAUAUUCGAGAUGGCAAUAAAGGAAUAUGGGUUGAGAAUGAGGAUGGUCGACGUGUUUAA